AUGCGACACGUAAAUACCGUAAAUCGACGAACUCAGCCUGUGUACGACCCGCUGCCCGUACGAUACCCCAACCCCGCCACAGAGCGGCUAUUCGAAUUUUGGAGAAACAAUAACCCUCGCAAUGUGAUGGUUCCUUACCCACUAGAGUACGAAGAGGAGGUUUAUUAUCAAUGUGACCGAUGGCAAAGUGUAAAUUACCCUUGUCUUGACUACGUACUUUCCAUCAACUUUGGCCAACCCAUAACAGAUGAAUUUGAUCGAUUCGUAAUCCUCAAUGGCAUGGGUAUCAAGGCAAUGAAGUUAGCCACUAGUGUUCUUGGGUUCCUGGAAUCAAGAUUAGGAAUUGAAAAGGAAGUCGCGUGGCAGCCGUGGGAUGACGAGCAGAAGAAGUGUACUGGGUGUAGGACUUGCUCUAGGGCAGAUCAUGUAGCAGCUGUGGACAAUGUGGUGCGUUCUUUGAAGCGCGUGUGGAGGACAAUUUGGUGGGAUAUUAUGUCGUCGUGA